AUGGUCGUAAAGUACGUGGAAGUAGUAAUGCAACUCUGCAGUAUAGGGUUAGUGAUUGCUGGGGCCGGACUUUGGGCGGGAGCAGGGGUGGAUGCAAGACCUCGAUUCAGAGACGAACAGACUCUAGUCGGUGGCACGAUAUGGAGUCAAAUAAUUAUACCUAUAGGACUAAUGAUAUCCAAGAUUGUGGAAGAGCACAUUGACAAUUUUGUUCAAGGCUUUUAUUUGAUAACAGGAAUCACUCUUUUGUGGGCAACUGGAAUCGUUUUGAUAAUACAUGAAGUAAAAUGCCAAAGAAGGUCUCGACGUCGUAAUGUAACCCAGCCACCGCCGCCGCGCACCCAUCACGGCCGUGGACAACCUAUGUCAGGGGGAAGUGACGAUACCUUUGACAAAGUCUACUAUGCAAUAGGAGUAGUAUGCCUCGUUGCUGGUAUACUGAAGUUGAUUGAACUCGUCUUUAUUCUAACGUCUAGUUAG